AUGUCUACUUCGAAUAAAGAGCAGUCACGAACACUUCGGUCAAAGGACUCCAAUAAGGCACCAGUGAACAAAAACUUGUUCAAUUUUGACGAUAUCAAUAAUUACUUGUAUCUGAACAACCCAAUACAUUUUGGCAGAUCAAACAAUGAAUCUCAAUUGUAUACGUAUUUCAAAAGUGACGAGGAGACACCAGCGUUGCGAAUAACACGGGUUAAGCAAGUGCCAAGGAAGUUACCGAAAAGGCGAACGAAAGUGGAUCCGUUGCCCGAUUCGAAAUACACCAUUUUCCAUCGCAAAAUGAAGAAGGAGGAGACACAAAUGUUGAACGAGGAAAAGAUCAAGAAUUUAAUUGAAGUUGAUAAUCUAAAUACAAGCUUGCAACUUCUCAAGCAAUACGAUUGGGUCAGACAUCUUCCGUCGAUUACAAAACUCAAUGACGCGAUGGAUUAUGAGGAAAUGGAGAGGAAAAGAGUCUUGACUAUCAGUGAGAUUGAAAAGUUGUUGGAAAAGCAAGCAUUGUGGAAAAAGAAACGAGACAAGUUCAUCAAUGACACGAGAUUGUUUCAUAACGGGGAAAGAGUCAUUGUGAAAGAGGAACAAUUUCCUGAGAAACAGAAGACUAUUACAUCAUUGCCUCUGGAAUUAGAUACCACAAGUCCACAUCCAAAACUACAUGCACCAACCACGUUUGCGUUUGACUCAAAAGUCAAACUCGAUUACAUUGGUUCCUCAGACAAUGUCAAUUUUGGAACAUCCUCUAAUAUGUUAUUUGGCAUAGAUCUACACGACAUUGACCCACCCAAAAACGGAUUCCAAUUGCCCUUGGGAUGGAGACGGCUGAUGGGGAACAAAAACUGA